AUGCUGCCUGACAUAAAUUUCGGGCCGAGAGUCAGCAUGCUAUGCCGUGGCGGCCGUGUCCUGACGAUGCUGCGAAUGAUCGGCGGGAUAGCAACAGCCAUCACAUCUAUAUACGUUGCGGUUGCAAGAGACGGGCACAACUUGGGCGAUGUUGCAUACACGAGCCUUUGGUGCUUCGCACUGAUUGGAGGCGCUGUCCUCUUCAUGGUGUGGCGCCAUAUGUCAAAAAUGCCCAAUGCCUAUUCCUUUCUCUCCAUCGUAUUUUUCUACGCGACUCAAGCCACAUUACUCGAGGGCCCAGGCCUAGUCCUCGACGGUAUCCUUCCGGUGCUCCCCCUCGUUGUCGUCUCAGGGUCGUUCCUCGCCUCACUCUUCUUGAGCUUCUACAAAAACAUGUCCAGUACACAAGCCGAUGUGGAGCAAUCCGCCUGGGACAUGGCUGCGUCUUGUCUGGUCUAA